UUGUGGACAUAUGUGGUUUCUAAAUAGGUCUCUGUCUGAUUUCCAUUAAACUGGGUGCGUAAAGAGAGAUCGGUUACUGAUUUUUUGUUGGUGGGGAUACCAUGUGAAGGUGACAGACGUGACAGAAAUUAGUCAGUGUGUUACUUUGUUUUUUUUUAGAAGUUUCUUUCUACCAAAAUAAACUCACCAACUAUAAAUAGCUGGUUGUUCAUCUUUAUGGUAAUUCCACGGUAUUUCAUUUCCUCAGAAGAUUUUUAUUAGGUUAUUUACUGUUAUUAUCUAAUAAAUGGUACAGAGGCAUUUUAUAGUGCGAUUUUUGUGGGCUAGAUUCAUUUAGUAGAAAAUAAGAUAUGGCUUAUCAACAACAACCAACGUAUCCUACACCUUAUAAUAGUAAUUAUCCUCCAGCCCCAAAUCCAGGUUACCAAACUCCAAAUGCUCCUGGUUAUGUACAGCCAACACAUGGGUAUGGGCCACCACCUCCACACGGCUAUCAGCCACCCCCAGGUCAAUACCCUCCACCAGGAGGCUUUGGAGGACCAAUUACAAAUCAACCCGUCGGCCCACCCGGUGGGCCACCAGGUGGUUGGAUGAAUAUGCCGCAAGGCAUUCCGAACUGUCCGCCAGGCUUGGAGUACCUUACUAUGAUUGAUCAAUUACUAGUCCAGCAAAAAGUCGAAGUUUUAGAAGCUCUCACUGGCUUUGAAACUCAAAAUAAAUUUACAGUAAAAAAUAGUUUAGGACAAAAAGUAUAUUAUGCCGCUGAGGAUUCCGACUGCCUGACUCGAAAUUGUUGUGGUCCACUAAGACCUUUCGAUAUGAAGAUUUUGGAUAAUUAUAGAAACGAAGUUUUACAUCUUCAUAGACCUCUAGCUUGUGAUUCCUGUUGUUUUCCAUGUUGUUUACAGAGUAUGGAAGUCUCUGCGCCUCCAGGUACUGUUGUGGGCACAGUAGAACAAGAAUGGAGCAUAUUUUGUCCUACUUUCGCUGUGAAAAAUGCAAGUGGAGACACGGUACUGAGGAUUGAAGGUCCAUUAUGCACGUGGAGUAUCUGCGGCGACGUGGAGUUCAAAAUAAUGUCGGGGGAUGGCUCUGUACAAGUUGGGAAAAUUUCGAAACAAUGGUCUGGACUGUUGAGAGAGAUGUUCACUGAUACCGAUUACUUUGGUAUCACUUUCCCUAUGGAUUUGGAUGUUAGGAUGAAGGCGGUCAUGUUAGGCGCAUGCUUUUUGAUUGAUGCCAUGUUUUUCGAGAAUACUCAGAAGAACAAUAAUUCGAGUGUCAUCUAAGAUCGCUUGUCUACCUUUUUAUAUAUAGGGUGUUUCGAAUUAAAUAUAUAAUGUGUUAUAAUUUAGUUAGAUCACAACACUCAGUAUAUAAUUGAUAAUGAUUUUAUUGAUCCAUCCAUUCUAUUUACCAAUUAUGUUUUUUUAUUGUUUUUUAUUUGUAUUUUAUGCACUGUUGCACUAUUUAUUUUAUAAUUUAAGUUUUUUUUUGUUGACUCUAAGUCAUUUUAUAAGUUUAUAUUUGGCUCAGGUGGCGGCUUUUUUAUUAUUGUACCGAAACCCAGGUCAGUUAAUAAUGAGUACUUUUGUACAAGGGCUUUGAAAUUCCAUAUACAGCCAAAUAUAUGUACGAGAGGGGACCGAAAACAAUUCUAAAUAUAUAUUUUUUUAAAACUUACACAUAUUUUAACGUCGGUCUCCUUUAAAAUAGUCUUUUGAUUAAAUACAUGUAUUAAUUCUUUUCUUCCACAUCGACUUUUACGCCCGUGUACAAUCGUAGAAAAAGUCUUUAUUUAAACUAAUUUUGAGUUUAUUAAUAUAAAAUCGAUUUUUUAUGUUAUUGAGGCAAUUUUUUUAGUACUAUAGUUCUUUAUACGUAAAUAUUUUUUUAGUUUUACGAGUGUUAAUUAAGGUUUGUUCCCUUUGUAAACAGAUUGUUUACUCCAGAGCCAGAACUAAAAUUGCAGUUGAAGCAUUUUCUUGCCAAGCCGGCUUGGCUUUUGGAAAUGUUUAAGAAACAUUUUUGUGGUUAAUAAAAUUUUCAAUGCGCCAAAAUAUUUUUAUUUUUUAAUUUUCAAAAGUGAAGCUGACUAGGCAAUUAAGAGAAGGUUAAAAAGUUCUGGCAUGAUGAUAAGUUGUUAAAUGUGAUUAUUUCAAAGAGUGUCUUAUAUUUAUAAAAUUAUAUGCCACCAUUUUUCUAAUUUAGAAUAUUUUUUUACACGCUAACUAGUUUUUUAUACAGAAAUAUUUCUAACAAUUUAGUUUACAAUACCAAGCAAGACGUACUUAUAUAUGUACGGGGUAUUAAUUCAUUUCUGGAGAUUUCAGCGCCUGGAAAUCUGUAACUUUUCAAAAAUUAAUACUAAUGGGUGGACCAUGCAUAUGUUGAAUUAUAAAUAAGCAAUGAAGACAAGAAAAAUUAAUUUUUUUCCAACAAAUUUAACUUUAUUUAGUACAAUAUUUCUUCCGAUUAAGUAUGGAAAAUUAUUUUAUUCAAGUGGCCACCUCGACUGACUUGGCAGUAGCCCAUCCUGGAACACCAAUUUUCAAGCGUUUUUUCAACAGUUUACUGCUCUAUUUGAGCAAUUUGAGCUUGAAUGUUCUGUUUUAAGUGCUCAAUUGUUUGAGGAUUAUCCGCAUAAACUUUAUCCUUCAAUGUGCCCCAAAGAAAGAAGUCGAGUAGUGUUGACUCGCAGCUCCGAGGUGGUCAAUUAACAUCUCCGUAACGGCUAAUUACACGAUUAUUAAAUUUUGUACGCAAAAGAUUGAUGGUGGCCGCGGCGGUAUGGCAAGUUGCGCCGUCUUGUUGAAACCAGACCUGAUCGAGAUUAAUAUCAUCCAAUUCCUGCCACAAAAAGUUCGUUAUCAUAUCUCGAUAGAGGUUGCCAUUGAUCGUAACGGCGCGGUCAGCCUCAUUUUCAAGAGAAAAGGGUCCAAUAACGCCGCCACUCCAAAAUUCACACCACACAGUGACUCGAUCUGGAUGCAUGGGCUUUGUUACGACGACGUGUGGAUUUUCCGUGCCCCAAAUCCUUGAGUUUUGUUUGUUAACAACAUCCGAUGUGAAAAUGCGCUUCAUCCGAAAAGAUGAUUUUUCUUGCAAAAUCAGG